GCCCGCUGCCGCUGCGCACUGUCUCCAUCCAGCAAAAGGCAGGUACAUCGAGUAGAGGGUACUUGGGUACCGUGGAGCAUGAUGUAACCGCGGACCGCUAGCCUUAGACCGUUUCGCUUCCCCCCCUCCCCGUCAAUUUUCCAAGCCGAGACAACACCAGACAACAUCUACCAACCCGUCUGGCACUCCAUCCGCCCAUCCCGCCCGCACGACUCAUCUCUCUCUCUCUCGAGCUAAUCCUUUUGCCGAGGAGGCUUUUGCCCUGCUCGCUUGCACACGCCGGACGCGCGGCUUUUCUACGCCACUGCUCGCAGCAAAAGGCGGCAACCGAGUAAAACCCGCCAACACGGCGUCCACCGACCAUCCGCAAGAGCCUCCGGGCCGCGAGGACGCAGUGCCACCACCCGUGCCCAAAUCGCCAACUCAGACCGCUGUGUCAGCAUCCACCGUCACACCCCGCGGAAUGGCUGGCUUAACGCGCCCCAUCAUGCAGUCCAUGCCUGACACGCGGCAACAGUCCUUCGAGGAGAUCUACGGCCCGCCCGAGAACUUCCUCGAGAUCGAGGUCCGCAACCCGCGCACGCACGGCACGUCGCGCAACAUGUACACCGACUACGAGAUCGUCUGCCGCACCAACAUACCAGCCUUUAAGCUGCGCCAGUCGACGGUCCGCCGGCGCUACAGCGACUUCGAGUACUUCCGCGACAUCCUCGAGCGCGAGAGCGCCCGCGUCACCAUCCCGCCCUUGCCCGGCAAGGUCUUCACCAACCGCUUCUCCGACGACGUCAUCGAGGGCCGCCGCGCCGGCCUCGAGAAGUUCCUCAAGAUUGUCGUCGGCCACCCGCUCCUCCAGACUGGCAGCAAGGUUUUGGCCGCCUUCGUACAGGAUCCCAACUGGGACCGCAACGCUUGGUGACUGCGCCUCCUCGACUCGUGGCGCGGCGGUGGGCCAUCACAGGCGCCCGGCGCCCGCCGCGCGCCCCGGAAAUUGCAGAAGCGGCCGCCGAAGCCACUUAUCGAAACGCACCUGCGGAAGGCGGUACGACCAAAGCACGAUGGCGGCAGCAGUAGUUGGGAGGGAGGGGA